AGGGUGCCGAUCGAACCAGGUUGGCAUUGCAUAUAGCCCCGGCGCGAAACGGUCGCGAAGGGCCAUGAGUGAAGAAAUCGACAGGCACGUGCUCAGGAAGUAUGAGAUCGUCCAGAAGCUGGGCCGAGGAGCCUAUGGCAUCGUGUGGAAAGCCAUUGACAAGAAGACGCGUGAGGUGGUGGCACUGAAGAAGUGCUUCGACGCUUUUCAGAACGCCACCGACGCCCAGAGGACCUUCCGAGAGAUCAUGUUCCUGCAGGAGCUGAACGGCCAUGAGAACAUUGUGCGGCUCUUGAACGUGCUCAAGGCCGACAACGACCAGGACAUCUAUUUGAUCUGCGACUACAUGGAGUCGGACCUGCAUGCGGUGAUCCGCGCAAACAUUUUGGAAGAGAUCCACAAGCAGUACAUAAUCUACCAGCUCUUGAAAUCCUUGAAGUUCAUGCACUCCGGGCAGAUGCUCCACCGCGACAUCAAGCCCUCCAAUAUCCUGCUGAACUCGGACUGCCAGGUCAAGGUCUGCGACUUUGGCCUGGCCAGAAGUGUUGUCCAGCAGCAGGACAAUGCCUCGAACCCAGUGCUCACAGACUACGUGGCCACUCGGUGGUACCGAGCGCCGGAGAUCCUGCUGGGGUCCACGUCAUAUACCAAGGGCGUGGACCUCUGGAGCGUGGGCUGCAUCCUUGGGGAGCUCCUCUCGGGCAAGCCCAUCUUCCCAGGAACCUCCACAAUGAACCAAUUGGACCGCAUCAUGGAGGUCACGGGGCGCCCCACCUCGGAGGACGUGGACGCAAUCAAGUCCCCCUUCGCCGCCACGAUGCUGGAGUCCCUGCCUAUGAGCAGGCCCAGGCCCUUGAGCGAGAUGUUCCCCUCCGCCAGCGUAGAAGCGCUCGACCUGCUGCGCCUCUGCUUGCAGUUCAACCCCACCAAGCGCAUCUCGGCGAAGGAUGCCUUGCGCCACCCGUAUGUGGUGCAGUUCCACAACCCCGAGGAUGAGUUCGACUGUGACCGCACAAUCCGAAUUCCCAUCGAUGACAACACAAAGCUUACCGUGCAGGACUAUCGUGACCGGCUUUACAACGAGGUCCUCAAGAAGAAGAAGGAGCAGCGCCGUUCCCACAGGAGAAAUCUGGAGAUGCAGCAGCAGGUCCAGGCGCAGCCGCAGGCCACUCAGGCCAUGCAGCAGGCCACCUACGCGGGCCAGCCGGCCGGGGCGUCGCAGCACUACCAAGCAGCGGGCCAGGUGGCCAGCGGCCAAGGUGGGCAGAUGCACGCCCAGCACGUGCAUCGUAGCUCUCAAUCCGGGAUGCGCCCGGCGGGGGCCGCCACGCAUGCCGGGCAUGCGGCCGCCCCCUGCCAGUACUACGCGGGCGCGCCGGCGGGGGAAUACCAGCAAUACGCCAGGGCACCUAUGAAGUAGUACCUGGCCGAAUUUGCUUGGCCAUCCGCCGGUUUCGGCUGCACAAUUAGUCUCCGCUUGCUCCAAGAUGGGGUCAGCUGCUGCUGGCUCAAAGCCCCCCUGCAAUAAUUUGGCGGCGCACGCGAACG